CACUACAAUCGGGCCCUAGAAGCUGUAGCAAGAACCUACCUGGCAGAAGAGUGGAACUUUCAGCUGAGUCUUUGCAUCACUCUAGAGACUCUAUGGCCAAGGUAUCAGUAAUCGUUGGUAUCAUUACCAUCGUCUUGUCAGUAGCCUUAUCGGCUUCCAUGCCUAAGAAUCAGUUGAAGCGCACUCUGGUGGAAAUUGAACAUCCUGAUGAAGUCAUUCGAGUCUUGACCAGUGUAGUGGAGAAUAUUCUUGCUUCUGAAAGCGGAAAAACUGAGAAGCGAGGACUGGACUUAGGAUUGUCCCGUGGAUUUUCAGGAAGCCAAGCUGCUAAACAUCUGAUGGGAUUAGCAGCUGCCAAUUUCGCUGGUGGACCUGGUAGGCGGCGUCGCGACGUCAGCAACGAAGAAUGAAUGAUAGAGUUAGAGCUGUUAUUAAAUCUCAACUCCUAAAUAAAAUAAUACUAAUUUCACAUUUUAAAUGGAAUUUGCACAUUAGAAGUGUAAUCUAGUGUACUUGUAAAAAUAAAAUACUUUCUGCAC